CAAGAACCUCCAUACAGCAGUGAUCCAAAUCCACAACAGAAAAAGAAGACUCCCAUAAUUUUGUGGAGUCCUCCCUCAAAAUCCUCGAACUCCUUCUAAACCGCACGAUCUAAGGACAAGUGUUUUACCACACAAGGCCUACCAAUUGUUGCUUUUGUUGUGGUUGGGGUUGGUAGCUAGCUGAGCAGUGAGGAAUUUGUGGGAUUUAGAGAGAGAAAGAGAGAGAGAGAGAGAUUGAUGGCUGGUCCAAGAGAAAGCCCAAUUCUUGAAACUAACGAUAUAAAAGAGGAGAGGAGAGAAGAGGUCAGUUUGGAUAAAAACAAGCCUGAAGACAAGGAGAGGGAGAGGGAGAGAGACAACAACAUGGCUCCUCCUGCUGGCAGUUCCAUUCACCGGUCGAGCUCUCGGCCACAGCUUGAUCUUAGCAAAGCUGCCAUUCAAGGAAAUUCUGAGGAGAGAGAUCCCACUAUUCUUCUCCCUAAUCAGUCUGAUGACAUAUCUUCUCAUCUGGCUUUGGACAUUGGAGGAUCUCUCAUCAAGUUGGUAUACUUUUCAAGGCAUGAGGAUCAUUCUACUGAUGAUAAGAGGAAAAAGAAUGUGAAGGAGAGGUUGGGGAUUUCCAAUGGUAACCGGAGAAGCUACCCCAUUCUUGGGGGAAGACUUCAUUUUGUGAAGUUUGAGACACACAAGAUUAAUGAGUGUUUAGACUUUAUAUAUUCCAAGCGGCUUCACCAUGGUGGAAUUGAUUCACAUUCUUGGCUUACUGAUGCUCCGACCAAUGAAAAUGCCACAAUCAAGGCCACAGGUGGUGGGGCAUACAAGUUUGCAGACUUUUUCAGACAAAGGCUGGGUGUUACUCUUGACAAAGAAGAUGAAAUGGAUUGUCUUGUUGCAGGAGCCAACUUUUUGUUAAAGGCAAUUCGUCAUGAAGCUUUCACGCAUAGGGAAGGUCAGAAAGAAUUUGUGCAGAUUGAUCAUAAUGAAUUGUUUCCCUAUCUUCUUGUGAACAUUGGAUCUGGUGUUAGUAUGAUCAAGGUUGACGGAGAUGGUAAAUUUCAGCGGGUUAGUGGGACAAAUGUCGGUGGUGGUACUUACUGGGGCUUGGGAAGGCUACUAACUAAGUGCAAGAGUUUCGAUGAGUUGUUAGAGCUGAGUCAACGAGGAGAUAACAGGACUAUAGACAUGCUUGUUGGGGACAUUUAUGGGGGAAUGGAUUACUCAAAGAUUGGUCUCUCUGCAUCAACCAUUGCUUCUAGUUUUGGAAAGGCUAUUUCUGAAAAUAAGGAGCUUGGAGACUACAGGCCUGAAGAUAUUUCCUUAUCUCUCUUACGAAUGAUUUCGUAUAAUAUUGGACAGAUAUCUUAUUUAAAUGCACUGCGGUUUGGUCUUAAACGAAUAUUUUUUGGAGGAUUUUUCAUAAGGGGUCAUGCUUAUACCAUGGACACUAUCUCCUUUGCAGUUAAGUUUUGGUCAAAGGGAGAGGCACAAGCGAUGUUCUUGCGGCAUGAAGGGUUUCUGGGAGCUUUAGGUGCAUUCAUGAGCCAUGAAAAGCAUGGCCUUGAUGAUGUGAUGGUUCAUCAGUUAGUUGAAAGGUUCCCAAUGGGUGCACCGUAUACCGGAGGAAAGAUACAUGGUCCACCACUAGGGGAUCUGAAUGAGAAGAUCUCGUGGAUGGAGAAGUUUGUGCUGAAGGGAACUGAGAUUAUUGCUCCAGUGCCAAUGGCCCCACCUGGAACUACUGGGCUUGGAGGCUUUGAAGUUCCUUCAUCCAAGGGAGGUACACUUCGUUCUGAUGCCAGCGCUUUAAACGUCGGGGUUCUCCAUCUAGUGCCAACACUGGAGGUGUUUCCCCUCUUGGCAGACCCAAAAAUGUAUGAGCCUAACACCAUUGAUCUCACAGAUCACGGGGAAUUGGAGUAUUGGUUUACUGUGCUGUCUGAGCAUCUACCAGACCUCGUUGACAAGGCAGUGGCAAGUGAAGGUGGAACUGAAGAUGCUAAAAGAAGGGGUGACGCUUUUGCACGAGCAUUUUCUGCUCACUUGGCACGGUUGAUGGAGGAGCCUACUGCAUAUGGAAAGCUGGGGUUGGCCAAUUUGCUGGAAUUGAGGGAAGAAUGUUUAAGGGAGUUCCAGUUUGUUGACGCCUAUAGAAGUAUAAAACAGAGGGAAAAUGAGGCAUCACUUGCUGUUUUACCUGACCUGUUGAUGGAGCUUGAUAGUAUGAGUGAGGAAGCUAGACUGCUUACCCUCAUUGAAGGUGUUCUUGCAGCCAACAUUUUCGACUGGGGAUCCCGUGCCUGUGUGGAUCUCUAUAAUAAGGGGACCAUUAUCGAAAUUUAUCGAAUGAGUCGUGAUAAGAUGCAAAGACCAUGGAGGGUGGAUGACUUUGAUGUCUUUAAAGAAAGAAUGUUGGGAUCUGGUGACCAGAAACCUCGGCCGCAUAAGAGAGCUCUACUCUUUGUGGAUAAUUCAGGUGCCGAUGUUGUUCUAGGGAUGCUUCCGCUAGCGCGUGAACUCCUUCGCCGUGGAACUGAGGUUGUUUUGGUUGCAAAUUCACUCCCUGCUCUAAAUGAUGUCACUGCUAUGGAGCUUCCUGAUAUUGUAGCUGAAGCUGCCAAGCAUUGCGACGUUCUCCGCCGAGCUGCAGAAGCAGGAGGCUUACUUGUCGAUGCAAUGGUCAGUGGCCAAGAUGGUUCUAAAGAAAGUUCUUCUCUAGUUCCUUUGAUGGUUGUUGAGAAUGGGUGUGGAAGUCCUUGCAUAGACUUGAGGCAGGUCAGCUCUGAGUUAGCUGCCGCUGCAAAAGAUGCUGAUUUGAUUAUCUUGGAAGGAAUGGGCAGAGCUUUGCAUACCAACUUCAACGCUCGGUUUAAAUGCAAUGCUUUGAAGCUUGCAAUGGUGAAGAAUCAAAGGCUGGCAGAAAAACUGAUCAAGGGAAACAUAUACGACUGCGUAUGCCGAUAUGAACCGGCACGUUAAGCAAAGUUAGCGUUGACAAGUAGUUGAAAUUAUACCAAAUCUUUCAAGAGAUUGAGAGGUCCUCAAAAAAGGAUUUGUGGGUCUAUGUCCAAUCAUCAAAUAGUUUAUACGCUUCUGAUUUUCGUUCAACAGCAAAACUACUAUUCAGAUGGAAAACAUCAGUUCCAUUACAUGCAACUUUCACCUUGUUAGAGGACUUGGGAGGUAGAGUUAUGAAAAUGCAUGCAAUGUUUAAUCUUGUAACAAUACGUAUAGUGUGAUGUAUUCAUACAACUAGGUCCAACUUCAGACGGAAAGGUCGAAGUGUUUAAGUAGAGAAAUGGCUAUUAUCAUGGUAUUUGCACAAA